AAAUAGAAUAUUUUUGUAGACCAUGGAUCGAGACGAAGUCUGUGCUAGUCUGAUAACAUGGAUGCAGACGUUCGGGAUCAGUGGUCCGUGUCAAUCUCCCGAGGAUCUUAGUGAUGGUGUUGCUAUGGCACAAGUACUACAUCAAAUUGCACCUAAUUUCUUCAAUGAAGCAUGGAUGUCUAAGAUCAAGACAGAUGAUGUCACAAACUGGAGACUUAAGGUCAGCAACUUGAAGAAAGUGUUGAAAGGCAUAUUGGAAUACAAUCUAGAGGUGAUUGGUAUACAGAUCCAUGAUUUCCAAAUGCCUGAUGUUAACUCUAUAGGUGAACACAGUAACGUGCCAGAACUGGGGCGCUUGCUUCAGCUUAUCUUAGGCUGUGCUGUCAACUGUGAUGCUAAACAAGAGUACAUCCAGCGUAUCAUGUCCAUGGAAGAAUCGGUACAGCAUGUGGUAAUGAAUGCCAUACAGGAGCUCAUGACAAAGGAAAUCACAACCAGCAGUGAUGGUGAAUCAGAAUUAGCAGAACAGCUAAGACGGACAACAGAUGAACUAAACAGUGCGUUAGAAGCAAGAGAAGAACUGACACAACGAUGCCAUGAACUUGACCAACAGGUGGCUGGCUUAAUAGAAGAAAAGCAGGGCUUAGUGUUUGAAAAUGACAAAUUAAAUGAAAGGCUGAAUCUAGCAGAGAAUUUGGAUGAUCCUGCGUGUGUCAAUUACAUUCUUCAGUCAAGCACUCCAGCUGGUAAGAGGUUUCAGCAGCUGCAGCAACAGGUGGAUAAACUGCAGGAGGAGAAUUUUAAACUAGAAUCUAGUCGAGAUGAUUUAAGAAUAAAGUCGGAAAUUCUUGCAAGAGAUUUUUCUGAACUUAAACAAAAAAAUGUGGAGCUUACAGCGAUAGCAGAUGAGGCACGUUCUCUGAAGGAUGAGGUGGAUGUUCUCAGGCAUACAUCAGAACAAGUCUCUAAGUAUGAAACAAGUAUAGAAUCUUACAAGAAGAAAAUGGAUGAACUCAGUGACCUGCGGGGCCAGCUGAAACUGCUGGAGGAGAAAAACACCAAGUACAUGACAGAACAUCUGGAGCUAGAAGAGGAACUGAGGAAGGCAUCAUCAUUGAAACAACAGCUAGAAGGCUACAAACGUCAGGUCCAUGAGUUACAGAACAAGCUAACCGAGGAAACAAAGCGAGCAGACAAGGCUGACUUCGAAGCUAAGCGUGCACAGGACAAAAUGUCUACUCUUCAAAGAGAAAAAGAGAGAAUGGCAGAGGAGAGAGAUUCCCUGAGAGAACUCAAUGAGGAGAUGAAGCUGACACAGUUACAGAACAUGGAGGAACCUGGAGAGAUAGCUACAUCACCUAGGCUUGAGAUGUUGUCACUGCCACCAGAAGUCAAGGAGAAGAUGCUGAGGCUGGAACAUGAGAAUAAAAUACUGAAACUUAGGACCUCUAAUGAUGAUAGUGAACAGGCACCUAUGUUACAGUCCAUGCUUGAUGAUGCUAAUGCUCGCAAAAAUGAACUGGAGACAGAGCUACGGAUAGCCAAUCAGCGAAUAAUGACUUUGGAGGCUCAAGUCGAAGAUAUUCAAGAAAGUCACACCACAACAUCGAAUGAGGAAAUGCUGGACAUGAGGAAAAAAAUAAAUGAACAGAUUAAACGAACUCAAGAUACUGAAAGUGUUCUACAGAAAAAUAAAGAGACAAUAGGUGACCUUGAAGCAAGGUUAAGUGGUAGUGUAGAUAAGGUGCAGGAGUUAAAAGAUCAGCUCAAAAGGAAGGACGAAGACAUGAAGUUAAUGGAGGCUAAGUAUAAAAAGUACCUGGAAAAGGCUAAGUCGGUGUUCAAGGCAAUAGACACCAAACAAAACACAGGAACUGUCCCAGAAGUGACAGUGACGGCCUUAAAAAAUCAGCUGCAGGAAAAAGAGAGAUACAUUGAACAGUUAGAGAAAGAAAAUGACAAGGCGAAAAGUAUACGAGAACAAGAGGAGAAAUACAUUGUGUCUGCUUGGUAUAAUUUGGGGAUGCAAUUGAAUCGUCAGGCUACAGAGGAAAGGCUGGCCAAUGCUUCCACAGGACAAUCGUUUUUAGCUAGACAACGACAAGUGCAUUCACGCAGGACUCAGUCUAUACCUAACUCUCAUUCAAAUUCAACUCGGUGAAACAAAACAAUUUUUUUUUUUAUUUAGCCUUGUUUACCACCUGAUCUUUAAAUACUCCAUGUGAUGACAGGAGUGGCGCACUCCAAAGUGAUGUAUCGUCUCUGGUGAUUCAGGAUCAUAUCGAAACAGCUGGUUGUACUAGUUAUGUCUCUGUGAGGCUUUGAUGAUGUCAAACUCCACCUGGACAACACAGUGCAAUAUCAGUACUCAACACAACCCCUGGAUAUCGUUCAAGAAACAAUACAGAUAUUUGCCAUAAUCAUGAAAAGCAUUUUUGAAAUCUCAAAUUCUUAAACAGGCUUUUUUAAGAUCUACUCAUUGUCAGGUCAUACUUGUUCAUAGGACUGAAUUUGAUUGAUAAACAAACAUGGGUUUUCGAAUCCCUUCUCCUAGUCAAGAAUAUGCUACACCUAUAUAAUGAUAGGUAAUUGCUAUUACGUGGACAGCUGAACCUUAUGUCUCUGUGAACCACACUCUCUCAGGACAAUCUGCACACUCCUCUCUUAUUUCUAUAAUCUUCUAAAUCAUUGAACAUUCAAUUGGCAUAAACAGCUGAUGAAAUUUCCAUGUCAUGUUGAUAUCGUAUAUCAGAAAUGACUCUGCUGUCAUGGUGAUAAGUAGCAGUAGUUACCAUAUAUGGAAAAAGCUGAUUUUUAUUGGUUUUUCAAAGAAGCUUUAAUAAAGUUUCCUUAAAAUCAAAAUUGAGUUUCCAAUAUACCACUAGUAUUGUAAUCUGGCCUAACAUGUGAUAUACAAGACAGAAAUUUGAUCACAGGUUGUACAUUUAUGAUGCUGGGAGUUGUAAAUUUUUUUACAAAACAUAAUGAAACAAAUAUGUCUCGACUGUCAGCCAGGUUUAUUUAUGCUGGUAUACUAUAAUGAAGUCUAUUUACCAUUGAUUUGUGAACCAUAAUAUGUCAUUUUGUUUUCACAUAUACAAACAGGAAUUUGUCGUAAAACUUCCUAAUUUUGUCAGAAUCAUUUAAAAACAUUUAUCUUGUAAGAAUGUAAAUUCUAAUGUAACAUAUAUAGAGACUUGUUUAUAAUAAAUUGAUAAUGCAUUUAGGAUUCUAUAUCAGCAGUGAAUAGUAACUGACAUAAUAUUCAAGUUGGGAUGUUUCACAGUGAUAAAGGUAUUUAUUGAAUAUUAUUUAACAUCCUUAUUGAGGAGAGACAACAACUUGUAUCCAUCUCUUCAAAUGACUUUCAAGUUAAUGCCAGCUUUUUCUCGUUGAAAUACGAAUUCUGAUAAAUUAGACUAUUUAUAGUUUUUCAUGUGUUGUCGGUUAUAACUCUCAGUAACCCUACACCUUUAUUUCUGUAAGGAUAAACAACAGUAAUUUUGUCUUCCUUGAGACAGGUUAAGGUAAAGGUUGUUUUUUCAUAUGGUUCUAAUUGUAUUUCAACUAUGUAAUAUAGUUCAGUAAAAGUUUAAGUCGACAUAGAGAACAUUUAUACAAUAUCAACAUGUUGAACGCUCAAUCUACAUACUGAAUAUGAGGGCUGUUUUAGUGCGGUAAGGACAUGGAAAAUUGACCAAUUUAGUUUAAAACUGCAAACAUAACAUCAAAAAUAUUUUCACUCACUUGUGAAAGUAAAAUUUGCCAUACAGUGUGGAACCAUAUAGUCAGAUUUCUAAUACUUCAUAUUUAUACACACAAGUAGUUCAAAAAAGCUAACCUGCAAAAGUUUCAAAUUAAUUUAACCAGCGAAAAUUUAUUCCAGUAAAAAAACACAAUUACAUGUAUCACAAUAUACAAUAGCUUAUGAGUAUCUUGUUAAUUCAAUUUGUAAUUUAUUACUGAUAAUAAGAAUAGUAGCAGUCUUUAUAUGUGUGUAUAUUGUUUAAAAAUACAUAUAAUGAUGAAUCGGACAUAUUCUGUCUGUAAAUGUGGAUGUGGAAUACAUGAAAUGUGACAUUACUCUGGAUUAGUAACAGAUUUAAGGCUUAACCCAACUUAACAUGUAAGUCCUAUGCAAUGAACACAGAUCUAACGGAUGAAAUUUCGUAAUUGUGCAUUUUAAUCAAAACAUAAUCUUAAGCUGUCAUUUUCAUCAGCAGCACAGAGCAGUCAUAUCACCAGGAUAUUUAAACAAUGGUUAAAAGAUAACAUCGCCCUCUGUAGGAUAUGGUAGAAGUGUAAGGACAAAAUCACCAGGUACAUAACGGUAAAUAAUCUAUGCAGUCUGUACAUAUACAGUUUUAAAUAGGUUAAUUUUCAGUAUUUAAUGAUGUAUUAAAGUGACUUUUUUUAUCUACAAAUACAUGUAGCCAUAAUGCUUAGAUGUCAACUGUCCUGCAUACUAGAUAGAUAGUCCUAGUUGUUCAAAGUCACCUGAUUAGCUAAAAAGUUUCUUUACUGUAAUUUUUGAGAUUUGGUUGAAAAUCAAAAACUGUUUUCAUGUCCCCUGUGCAUAUUUGUAUAUGUUAUUUUCAAUUUUACAUACAAAUUUUAUUGUUGAAUUUGAACGUUUUAUGUAUCUUGCCAUCAAAAAAAUUUGAAUUUUAAUAACUGGGUCUUGUUGCACGGUGGAAGAUUGCACUUUGAUAUCAUCCAACGUACCAUUGUUUAAUAGUCAUCGUAUCACGGCCAGUUUUAACUGUGAAUCUCACCACACCUGGUAUUAUGAAGUUAUGUACAUUUCAUAAUUAGAUGCUACUGUAAGUCAUUUCUAAUUCAGUAGAGUGAAUGACAGUGAAGUAAGGAGAUUUCACAAUAUAUUGUUGUCAUUUAGAUGUGAGACCUUUUCUCAUAUUUUCUCAAAUUGUCCGAGAAAGUAUAGGAAUUUCUACAAUAGUUUUGUAUAUAUCUAAAGUGUUUUUCACUGUGUGUAAAUACAUAGCUAGAUGAUAUUUGGAGUGGACAAGACCUGUGAUAUGUUGUCCCCAGUUAUAAUAGACAUUACUGCCAUUUGGUGUGCAACUAACCGGUUGUUAUAACUGGACAUCAGUGCCAUUUGGUUCCUGACUGACCAGUUGUUAAGUUACAACUGGACAUUCACUGCUGUUUGGUGCGUUACUGAUCAGUUGUUAAAUUACAACUAGACAUCACUACUGUUUAGUGCGUGACUGACCAGUUGUGAAGUUUUAACUGGACAUUCACUACAGUUUGGUGCGUGACUGACCAGUUGUGAAGUUUUAACUGGACAUUCACUACUGUUUGGUGCAAGACUGGUCAGUCGCUAAGUUAUAACUGGACAUCACUGUUAUUUGGUGCGAAACCGGUCAUGUGCUUAGUUGUAACUGGAUAUUGGGUUUUUAUAUUUCAGGGAUAUCUGUGAUGAUAGAAGUAACUGGGGUCUCUUGAUACAUUUUUAAUACAUUUUGAUGUUAUUACAGACAUGGUAAAGAUGUGACCUGGCUGUACCAUCUAAGGACUGCAUGAAUACACUCAGAGGUUGGGGGGCUUCAAGCCAUUCAUAACUGCCAGUAUAUAUUAUGUGAAGUGAUUUCACCUACAGCUUGGUAGUUUAAGUAAUUAUAAUAUCGGAUGUUUCUUGUGAUGUUUGGAAUAUAUCAAACUUUAUUUUUAAUACAAAUUUAAGGUAUUAUUGAUAAAAAGAAAAAUUUCAAUAAUUUGUUGUGUGAAGAAAAUUUACCAACAAACCAUUAGACAGAUUAUCUCAGCCAUAUGGUUGGUGAUUUGAGAUUUUAGGAAAUUAUGUAAUUAUAAAUUAAUAGAAAGUAUUAGUAGAGAAAAAGUACAUGUAUUUACAAGUAAUGAGGAAGUUUUUUAAACAGUUUGUAUUUAUAAGUAAUUACUGGAAAUUUGUGUAUUUAUAAGUAAUUAAGCAAUUUAUAUAAUUAGAAAUAGUCACAGGAGGUACAUGUUAUAGUGAGUGACGAGGAUGAAAGCUGAUUGGUUAUGUAAUCUAUUGCAACCUAUAUUUUGUUAUUAGAAUUAGUGUAGAUUUUAAACAAAUCAACCAAACACUGUGAUGGUUUAGUAUUUAUUGGUGAUGAACAGCCUACAUACAUUGUCAUUAAGGAUGUAAUCUUCAGGCCCGUCAGUAAAGAACAGAAUUUUCAGUUCAGGCUUGAAGACUGCUUCAUCAUCCUUGUUCAACUAUAUAUAUACAUGAGGGUGUCGUCACUAAGGAUAUGUGCAAUUUUUAGUGUGUAUCUGGUUUUAUCAUCAUUAGUACUAACUGUUUUGUAGGAGGUAUUAUAUAGGAAUCUGCUAGAUAACAAAUAGCUUCAGAUAAAUGUAUAUACCUGGAAUUAUAAGCUACUCAAGCAUAUCUGCACUCAGAUUUUCUGAACACUUAAUCCGAGCUUAGCACUUAAGGCCGGAUUAAGUAGAAAAAGAAGGUUAAAAUUUAAUCCAUUGUGUAAAUACUGAAGAAUGUACGAGAAUCAUUCAUUAAUGAUCUCUUAAUGAUAUUCAUCUUCUCUGUCACAUAUAUAUAGUCCGAUCUAUUGUAUCACUUUGUAUGAUUCAUAUAUAUCACUGCAUUACUCAAAAUAUACAGAGCUGAAGGCUCUGUUUGUGCUUCGCUUCAUCACCUUUUUUAUUUAUACGACACAGUGCUAAAUCUGUUAAAUCAUGUUACCUUUCUUCCUAUCAGCUGAACAUAAUUUAUCACAUCAUAUUUUCUCAGUUUUUUUCUUCAUUUAAGAAAUAUUAAGAAAAAUGCUGGGAGUGUUCAUUUGACAGAGGUUUGGUUCAAAUUCCAGCCUGAUUAUCCCCCUUGGUUCUUUAUUUAAACUUAGAAUUUUAAAAAAAAAAUUAUUAUUAGAGUUAAUAUUGUUUGAUUUUUCCCGUUUUUUCUAUUAUAAUUAUAUUUUAGUAUUUAUGUUAUAUAGUAGCUUGAUUUAUAUCAUAUCAUGUCUAACAGUUCUGGACAGGAACGCUUGUGUAAAAUAAUGAAAAUAUGCAGUAUCCACACUGCUUCAGUAUGGUGCUGAAAGAAAGGAGGAAGUGUUUAGAUAUUAGAUUGGCAAUCUACUUUAGUUUGAAGGUUCUAUAACCUGGCCUUAGAUACUUAAUUACAUAGAUAUUCAAACAAGCCAAUUACACCAUAAAUGUGUGGUAAAAGUAUGAGUGACAUCCCCUGGCGUUUGCUAAAAUUAAAACUGCCGAUUGAUUGAUAAUAAUUAUUGUUAAAACACUAUUUCUAUUUGCUAUUACUGUGGUGUUGAAGUAUUCAAUCUCUACCUCUGUAUGUAUUGCUACUGUUCUGAACUACUUCAUGGUAACACAGAGACAUGGUAACCAUUUUAUAGUGAGGUGAUACUCCUGGUAUAUCAUUAUGUACAAUGAGUUUUUCAUAACUGGAUAUACAAGACUUUUGUUCUGUCAUUGUAACUGAUAGUGUGGUGGAGGCUAACUCGAGUCAGAUUUAUAACUAACUUUAUCACAACAAUACAAACUUACGCAAAAAGCAUUAUUCACAUUUUCAAUUUUAAUCUUGUAUUUCAGGGUAUCCAAUAUCAUAUUUUUUAAAGACCAAGCAAUUUUGUAAUAAAAAAUACGGCAUUAA